CCCAAGCUUCCCUCACAGCGACGACCAUCGUGGCCUCCGCCACGAGCCCCCCUCUGCACCCUGCCCCCCUAUAUCUUCCAUCCUGGAUUUACAGACUUAUCCAUGUUUGAUAGCCACGAAAAAUGGCCAAAAAGAAUCUAUCAAAUCCCGCAAAACACUCGACUCCCGCAAUGUCGCCUACUCACCCCCAUACCGUAGGCGUCGUCGCAAAUUCACUAUCCUCGGAUGCAGACGCGGACCAAGAGGACGACUACGUCUGCCCCGUCUGCGAGUCCGAGUGCACUUGCCGGAACAGGCAGGCAGUCAGCGCAGAUGUGCCUCCCCCGCACGCGACCCUGUCGUCGCCCGUGCCGGCACACGUCGCGGUACCCACUCCCAAGAUCAAGAUCAAGUUAACCGUGCCACCGAGUAUGCGCCUCUCUUCUUCCUCUUCCCAGCUUGCGUUCAGGAAGCAGUCUCGUCCCGCUCACGAUGGGGGGAGGAACACCCCCACUGCAGCGUCCCCCUACGGACAGUCAAGUCACCUCGCCGGCCCCUCCACGGGCGGAGUGCAUCUAGGAGUCGAUGCCUCGGCCCCGAAGCGCAGGGGGCGCCCUCCGAAGCAUGUCGUCGCUGCGAGAGAAGCCGCCAGGGCCGCCAUGGCUGCCACUCAACCUCACGCGGGUGGUUCAGGCUUCGCAAGCUCACUCGUGUCCAAGCGGUCCAAAGCUACCGCAACUGGAAGGAAGCCAGCUCUGGGUGGCAACAAAGCAUUAAAGGCCAGAAACACGACCGGCAUAACCGCUCGAAAGACCAUUCCGAAGACCAUAAAGAGAAAGGCAGCGCCCCGCCCCGCCGCCGUUUCCGACGACGAGGAGACGGACUCGGACAUCCAGUCUGCCCAAUUCCCAACGUUCAUGUCCGCUUCUGCCGUCUCGUCCUCACCGGAAUCGUCAUCGGAGGACGACUCUGACUCGGACGACUCGUCUCCACUGACCGACGGCUUCGAAUCUGACUCGUCCAUCCAAGCGGAGGAAGAGAAUUACCUUAUCCAGCAAAGCUACCGGACUCACGAUAAGGCGAGAGUGAAACGGGAGUUAUUGGGCGACGAUCCUACUAGCCGAAGACAUGGUAACGGUGAUUGGGAGAUCAAAUCGAGGAAAAGGAGCGUAGGACCGAGUGACGGUGAGAUGGAGGUGGACAGCACGGAUGACGACAGUGAUUCUGAGACUGCUGGUGAGGAGGAGGCGGAUGGUGAGGAAGAGGAGGACGAGGGCGAGAACGAUGGAGAUGCGGAUGAGGAAGAGGACGGCUUCAGAGUUGGAUCCGGUUACACUGGAGUUGCGACCAGCUGGUCGGACUCUGAGGAAUCCAACUUUGAUGCUGACCUCUUCUUCUCUAACUUGACCUCCGACAGCGAGAGCUCGACCCACCAGGAGCUCACCGGUACCAUGUCCGAUGGCGACGAGACGGAAUCGGACGUGGACAUGGGCACCAUGUCUCUGGCGACUGUCGCCGCCGCCGGCUUCUCGAGUAUGUUUGGUGGCUCGGACCUAUUCAGGCUGGACGGUGGGUUGGCGCUGGAAGUGGCGGGUGAAUGGGGCGAUCAUCCCAAGGACGGGCAGAGCCUUUCUGGGACUGUCUGGGAAUGGGAUUUGGGAGGCGAGAACGGGAGUUUGAGCGGCGGCGGGGAGGAGGUGGACGAGGAGAUGCGUGACGGAGAGGAUUCACUGCAAGGUUCGCCCACGAUGAGUGUUGCUAAUGACGGCUAUGACGAUUACAACAUGGGCGUCGAGCUGCGGGAGAGUGAUGGAGAGACAACAGACGACGAUUUUGUAGGUGAAGACGGUCUUCCCACUCAGCGUGCGAUGCUUCUCUUCCGGUGGCCGACCCCUCCUCCCGCUCCGGCCAAGCUGUCCGCUAUCGAUCCGCGCCAUACUGUCAGCCCUGAGCGAGGACAACGCGAUCUGGAAAAAUCCUCUGGACAGAGGGAUUCACCUCGCCCGGCUGAUAUCUUGGCGGGUAGAGGCGGCAUGUAUUGGUCGCCCGAGGAGGAGGACGAGCAUGACAGUCCUCGGGGUCGGACCGGAAGCGUCAGCGUUCAUUCAGACUCCAGAAUGCCUAUCAUGGGCCGGUUCGAGGCCAAGCCUGUAGAAAGUCAGAAGGUGACAGGUAUAGCCAUCAUCAAUGGUCAGAAUCCAGCCGUACCGUCGCCCUAUCCUCGACGGAAGAAGAGUGUUUCCACUGCGGCCAUGGAUUCCCCUGGGGUGCCUCAGACUCCCGGUCCGGCGGGUUCGUCAGCUCAACCAACUGAGGAGUUCUUGACGGACUCUACGUUACCCGGAGAUGAUCGGGGGGCGUCCGCGGUGACCAUCGAUCUAUCUGACGUCCUCGACGACUCCUUCCUGAAUUCGGACCAAUGCAUGGAAGACGACGACGCGUCCAUGUCCAGCGCAGCAAGCGACGAUGAGAGUCGGCAUCUUCGCAACUUGAGCCGAUGGGAGCGAAUUCCGAUGGAUACCUUCCGGCAGACGAGGACAGCCAGUAAUGCCAUACCUAGCAGCGACGUCGAGCCCGUGUCGGCUGGAGCAGUCACAGACAGUCCUUUCGGCAACACGUUGUUGUGGCCUCAUGCUGGCAAGCAGGCUGCGGGUCCGUCUCGUGGUCCCACGCGCAAGAGCGUGAAGCCCGUAGGCUCGAAGUCUUCGAAGCGUCAGAUGAGCGUGGUCAUUUCUCCUGUCAUACUGCCCGUCCGCGAUGGCGAUCGGACUCCCACCCAAGCGCACGGUGAACAGCUGCCGACUGCACCGUAUCACCAAGGCAAGACGCGGAAAGAGCUGCGAAAGGAGAAAAAGAUGAAGAGGAAGCAGAUGAGCAAAACCUACUCGCCCCCUCAUCAUAAUCAUAGCAGCCAGCUCAAGUAUCGCCAUCAUCAUCAACACCAUCCGAAUCAAAAGUCGCGUGGAUCUAACGCCGUCCAGCGGACGAACUUCUUCAACAGCCCCGGUUCCUCCAUCCCUCCCUUAAAUAUCUGAAGCGCGUUAGAGCGUCUUCCGCGGCUCCGUCAAACUUGCUCAAGCUUCUCAUGCUCAAGUAUAUAUUAUUGUGCUUCUAGGGUCAUUAUCUGCAUUGUGCACGAUCUCAUUUGACAUCCCACUCUGAAUUAUCCAUCCCCUCCCUUGAACUGAAUGACAUGUAUCAUCGCCCCUUGUCCUUUUGCCUGCUGUCUCCAUCAUCCAUCAUUCCACCUGCCCAUUCCACUAAACCAGACGCGCUGGCAAGCUUGCUCGGUCCCAUCAGUGUUGCUUUAUGACUAGUUAACUUUGUAUCACUCAAGCCACGACGAAUAUAAUUCUUUG